UUGGCACGGAGAGAAAUGUGCUCCAAAGGCACUGUCUCAGCCCGUGAUUCCUUUGUCUACAUUUCAGAGGCUGUGCUGUCAAACCAUGGUGCUGCCCCCGAGACCAAUCGCCCUGAGAAUAUGCAAUGCUUAACAGUGACCAUCCUUCGAGGAAAGGAUGGAUAUGGCUUCACCAUCUGCUCGGAUUCCCCUGUGAGGGUGCAGGCUGUUGAUCCAGGGGGUCCAGCGGAUCAGGCAGGUCUGCAGCAGUUGGACACUCUCCUGCAGCUAAAUGGUCAGCCAGUGGAGCAGUGGAAAUGUGUGGACUUAGCCCAUGCUAUCAGAAACAGCGCUAAUGAAAUCACAGUGGUGGUGUGGCGCACGGGCCCUUCAGCUAAGCCUAAUUUUGAGGGCCUCAUCCACCGGCCCUCCUACAAACCCUCCACCUCCACCUCAAACUAUGACGCCCCCUCACCCCCUACUCGCCGGCGCAUACCAGAUGUUGGCGCCAGCAAAACUCCCCCAGCUGUGCCCCCUCUCCCAGCCCACCACCGUGCCAGUGCGGCCCGCAGGCUGCUGGUCAAUGGCUCCGAAGCUGGAAAUAGCAGUGGCGUAGGCGUAGGGACGAUGGGGUGGGGGGCCCAGGGAGGGUCGGCCGAGGAGCUGGAUGGGAAACCGCGACACCUCCACCACCCUCACACUGCCACGCUGAAGGGUACCAGGGUGAAGGCAUCCAACGGGGACAACUACAUUAUCCUGGCCCCCAUCAAUCCUGGAAGCCAGAUCUUGAGGCCUGUUUACCAAGACAACCAGGGAACAUUAGCUGCCAGGUUAUACCCCACACGGCAGGCUUCUGGUCCACAGGCCCAGGGUGGUGGUGGAGGUGCUUUUUCUGGAGGUAUGAGUGGUGGUGGUGGCGGCGGCGGCGGCGGUGGUGGUGGUCUCUCCAGCCGUACUGGCUUCCUGCGCCGGUCGAACAACUCCAAGACAACAAAGACGGCAUCCACGUCCACUAAUGCCGGCGGACCCAACUACCAACAGCAGAAUGCCAACUUUGCCAAUUACCAGAACUGCACCAUCGUCCGCUCACACACUCCACAUGCCAACUAUGGAUAUGUCAAAGCGGCACCCAAGAUCCUUAUCUUCCCCAUCUUUGUUCAGCCUCUUGACCUGUGCAGCCGAGCUCUCAUCAUAUCUGAGGAGAUGAUACUACAUGAGAGCAAGCACCACUCUCUCAAGGUGACAGUGUUUGUCUACAGUGACCUGAUGCUGGUGACUAGAGAAGAUGAGCCGGGCAGGUGUAACGUCCUUCAGAGUCCCCUGUACCUAAGACAGCUGAGGUUACAGGAUGAUUACGCAGAAGAACUGAGGUUCUACUUGAUUCACAUGACCGAGAAGUGUGACUGCCUGCUCAGCCUGGAAGCCUAUUCAGCAGACCAGAAGCGCCGCGUGUGUCAGUGCCUGAAGGACAACAUUGACAAGCAGCUUCAGCUUCAAAGGAGGGAGCCUCACGUUCCGCAUUUUGAACAGAUGUUGGAGCCUAAGGUGGAUGCCUCUCAAUGUGAGCUGGGUGGAGUAGGAGAUCGAGGAGGUGUGUGCCUCCACCUUCCCCCCCGCAGCUCAGAAGGUGAGGAAAGCAGCCUGUACCCAUCCAGUCCCUCAGAGCCGCCAACCAUGGGCAGUCCUCACCCCUCUGAGCCUCUCACCCCUUUGGAUGACAUCUACAUGCCCCUUGGGGGUCUGGUGGGAUCUGAGGAGCGACAUAAGGUGCCUCCAACACCACCUCCUUCCACCGAGGGUGAGGAUUGCAAGAGUAUGGAGGAGAUGGAGAUCUGGAGAGAGGGGAAGGAUGGGGAGAGCAGGAGAGAGGAAGAUGAGGAGGAGGAGGAGUAUCAGGCCUACAGAAAGAGUCCAGGGAGUGAAGGGGAAGAGAAAGAAGAAGGAGAAGAGGAUGAGGGAGAGAGGAAUGAAGAGGAAGUCAACCUAAACCUGGUGGUGUCAAACACAGAUGAAGACAACGCCUCAGAGCCACCUGACACCAACGCUCCACCCUCCUCCUCCUCAUCCUCAUUUGUCAUCCCCGAGUUGCGCCUUGAUCGCUCCUUUAGCGCCGAUGCCCUCUCCUCACCCAACACUGACGAAGAAGAGUACGAUGAAGAUGACGAUGAGGAAUCCGAAGAUGAAGACGAUGAAGACGACAGUGACGAUGCCUACCUGCAGCGUAGCGACAGCAAGCGCCGCAGCAUGGUAGAGGGUGCCACCUGCGAGAAGCAUGGAGGAGGUGGGCUCAGUGUGCAGAAUUCCCUCCGGAGGCGCACCCAUAGCGAAGGGAGCCUCCUGCAGGACCCCCGCACGCAAUGUUUCACCUCCGACAACGCCAUCAACUGCCUGGAGGCCGGGGGAGCGCACCACAAGGGCGGCUGGACACUCCCAUCGCCUAAAACCCUGAAGAAAGAGUUGACCAAGAAUGGAGGCUCCAUGCAUCAGCUGUGUAUGCUGUUCUCUGGGAGGAAGCUGAGCUCCGGAUCCCCCUGUAGCUGCGAGGUCGGCCCCGAAGGGACAAAGAAGAAGAAAUCCAAGAACCUGGCCAAAGACAUGAAGAACCGGCUGGCUUUUCUGCGGAGGAGGAAUGAAUCCCCAGGAAGCAACCCAGCCAGCAAGUUAGACAAAUCUAUGAAGUCAGUCAAGCCCACCCCAGAGGAAGCACUGAAAUGGGGAGACUCACUUGACAAGCUGCUGGCACACAAAUAUGGUCUGGCAGCGUUCAGAGCUUUCCUGCGCACAGAGUUCAGCGAGGAGAAUCUGGAAUUCUGGCUGGCAUGUGAGGAAUACAAGAAGAUCAAGUCGCAGUCCAAGAUGGCCUCAAAAGCCAAGAAAAUCUUUGCAGAAUACAUCGCUAUCCAGUCUUGUAAAGAGGUAAAUCUGGACUCUUACACCAGAGAUCACACUAAGGACAACCUGCAGAAUGUGACACGCUCCUGCUUUGACCUAGCGCAGAGGCGGAUAUACGGGCUGAUGGAGAAGGACUCAUACCCCCGCUUCCUGCGCUCAGAACUCUACUCGGACUUAAUCAACCAAAAAAAGCCCAGCUCCACUCCGACUUCAUCUUCAUCAUAAGAGACGAGAAAAAGUUAUGAGGAGAAGAGAAAGAUGAUGAUGAGAGAACAAAAAGGGGGCAGACUUGAAAAAAGUAGAGUGGGUGGGUGGGAUGUGAGGGUCUGUGUUUGCCUUUUUUUUUAACUUUUUUUGUGUCUGUCAUCCUGUCCACUAUAAUUUUUUUGUUGUUGUUGUUAUGGUGUGAGGGGACGCGGCAAAGCAAUGGCACUGCAAAGGAAUGUAGUUUACACAGUUACCAAGUUGAUGGAUGAGUGAAUGGACUGAUGAAUGGAUGGAUGGAUGUUACUACAAAUACAGAAGCCCACGAGUGAGGGCUAGAGCAGGAGCUGGACGCUUGUCUGAUCACUGUCUCUACCUUUUUUGUUUUUCUUUUGGUUGUGUUUUUAAUUUUUCGUCCAAUUGUACUGGAGAAAAGGAGGGGUUGCUCAGAAAACCCUGCAGACAUGAAGACAGUCCGGUACUGUUUUGUCACUUUUUUCCUUCAUUUCCUUUUAAAACUCCCAGAAAAAAAUCCCCUCCUUUCCUCCACCUUGUUCUCUGUGAAGCCACUUCAAAGCUGUUGGUACGAGAAAAAGUCCCCUUUCUUCGUGUAUUUUUUUUUUAUCAGGCUCUAAACUGUAUGAUGGAGUAAAAAAAAAAACAAGAUGAUGUCUCCAUGAAAGCUAGCGCUAUGGCUCUGUUUCACGUGCAUCUCAGUUAAACACCUACACCCUCUCAAAGCUUCUAUAAAUGGCUUUCACCUUAUUCAGUUCAUCGCAAGACUGUGGAAAGAUACUGUGAGUGUUCAACAGGGACAAAGACGGAGACAGCGAUAGGCGAAGAACACAAAUGUAUAAAUAACGGAUGGACUAGAGCUGUGAUGUGAAACACGCAUGUGUGUCACUCUCACAUUAAAAGACAUUCAAAGUCACAUUCAAAGCCAGUAAUGGAAAAAAAAGACGACUUUCUUCCUGUCUCCAAAGACUGUUUACAACAAGGAACGAAAUCUCAAGAAGAAACAGAAAAACAAUGUUUGGUGCAGCCAAAUGACAUUUCCUUUAACAUUGUAGCUCAUUCUGGAUCGAGGAAGCAUUCUCAGGACAUUGCUAUGACGUGUUCCAGCUUGGUUUAUCUUCUCAGCUGUUUCUGUUUUUCUAUACACUCACUGUUUUAUAUGCUUUAGGUUCCAACCUGCACUCCUUAGUUCUAGUGAGCAAUACACAAGAGGUUGCUCAUGUCAUAGAGGAAAAAAGAAAUGCUUCAUGUUGUACAAAAGUUUACCUAUUUAUUUAGAUUAACUUGCUGGAUGCUUCUACAGACACCCUCACCUCUAAAGCACUCAGCUAAAAGCUCUCACUUUCCUCUUAACCACCAAACAGGUCCAAUGCUGUCCUGAACUUUAAGUGCAAUAUUUUUUUUAUUUUGUAUUUUAUGUUAUUAUUAUGUUUGGUUUGUUCAUUUAUUUGGAUAAUUUUGAAUUUUUAUGGGAAAAGACGAACGGCUUGAGCUCUGUAAUAACUUUAUUUGUUAAGAGAAAAAAAACAAACCAUAGAGCUAUAAGGUUGACUUACAACGCAAACUUUCAAGAAACAUAAGUAGUUUAAUGAAUUUUAAGCAAGUGAUUCUAACUGUGUGUUAACCCCCGGCAGCAGGCAGCUGGGGGUGUUAUGGUUGUAAAUAUAAUUCUUUAAGAAAACUAUGUGAUAACACAUUAAAAACAAAUAAAAACAAAAAACCAAUAGGUCUCUGCUGGUGAUGAAUGUGGGACCCAGCUGUAUCUAUGUAAAUAUGAGAGACUCAAAACUAUAAGAUGACAUGUAUUGUUAAAAAAAAAAUAAAAAAAUAGGUGAGCAAGAGCAGGUACAAUCUGCUCUUUUCCCUGGUCAUACACUGCUUGUAAGGAGUUUUCUGAAAUGCAUUUUAUCAUUUUCACUGUUUACAAUUCAAAAUGCAUCUCCUAUGAUAGCAAGUGAAAACAGUAGAGUACAUUUGGUGUCAUUGCUAAUGAUAAAUAAACCAACCAACUGAUGAAGUAA